CGAGAGGAGCACUUCCUGGUUUUUCUGCUCCACGCCAGCAUCAGUCACACCGGAAGUACAGCUGACUGUGGAGGGAUGAACUUUGGCAGAGAGGUGGCCCGACAGAACAGCACUUACACCUACGUGAUAGAAGAUGAUGCACCAACCCUGGCAAGUCUAAAUAUAAUUGAGUUGGCUGAGAAGGGUGACCUGGCCAUCCUUGAGAGCCAGGUGAGAAAGAGCCCUGAGGUCCUCCGAGAGAAAGAUGAGCUUGGAGCUGGUCCCCUUCAUCAUGCUGCUGCAGGGGGCCACGUCACCCUCAUCCAGUGCAUCAUGUCUGUGGAUUCUGAGCAGCUGAACAGCACUGAUGAGCAGGGGAAUGUGCCACUCCACUGGGCUGUGGAAAAGAACCAGGCCGAGAGCUGCAGGGUCCUUAUGGACCUCGGGGCUGACCCCAACAUUCUCAAUAAAGCCCUGCUGGCUCCUCUGCAUGUGGCUGUGAGCAAGGGACACAACACCCUCAUCGAGUUGUUUAUGUCAUACAGUGCAACAGACUGCAACCUUCAGGGAGACCUGGGAAACACUCCUCUGAUACUGGCCAGCUCCCUCAACAAUGCUGAAGCCCUAAGCAUCCUGAUAAAGAAUGGAGCCAGGCUGUGCCAACAGAACCGUCUGGGUCACUUCCCGGUGCAUGCAGCUGCCUUCGCUGGUUCAAAAAAGGCCAUGGAAGUCAUCAUCAAAGCAGGUGAAGAGAUUGGUUAUGGGCCUCUCAAGCAAAUUAACUACCUAGACAAAAGUAAUAGUAGCCCCCUCCAUCUUGCUGUCCGUGGGGGUAACCUGGAAACCAUUCAGCUGUGCAUUGCCACUGGUGCUAAAGUGGACCAGCAGCAGCACGACCGGUCCACGCCGCUCCAUCUGGCCUGUACCCAGGGCGCCAUUGAAGUCGUCAAACUGAUGUUGUCUUCGGUUGAUCAAGUGGCAGACAUCAUCAACCUGACAGACGGAGCAUGUCAGACACCCCUGCACAGAGCGACAAUAUUUGACCACACAGAGCUGGCUGAAUAUCUCAUUUCAUUGGGUGCAGACCUCAACAGUGUGGACUGUAAGGGGAAUACUCCUUUACUUUUGGCCACAAGCUGUGGAUCAUGGAGCACUGUAGCUCUGCUUCUAUCAAAAGGGGCCUGUGUCAGUGUGAUGGACAGACGUGGAUGCAAUUUCCUCCAUUUGGCCAUUCUGCAGCCAAAAGGUUUGAAGAAUCUGCCAGAGGAAGUCCUACAGCUGUGCAGUGUAAAGUCAUUGCUGAAUUGCGAGGACAAUGAAGGCUGCACACCUCUGCACUAUGCCUGCAGACUGGGCAUCCACGACUCGGUCAAAAACAUGCUGGGUCUGUCCGGACAGAGGGGCCUGGAGUACAAGUCCAAAGACAAGAAGUCAGCCUUACACUUUGCUGCUCAGUACGGUCGUCUGAACACGUGUCAGCGUAUCCUGGAGAACAUUAAGGACUCUCGUCUGCUAAAUGAGGGGGACGAGCGCGGACACACUCCUUUGCACCUGGCCUCUGCCGGAGGACACACCAAAGUGGUGCAGCUGCUGCUGCGCAAGGGGGCGCUCUUCCAUUGUGAUUAUAAGGGCUGGAGCUGUCUGCACCACGCUGCCUCUGAAGGAUAUACUCAGACUAUGGAUAUUCUGAUCUCAGCAAAUAUAAAACUUCUGGAUAAAACUGAUGAAGAUGGGAACACAGCACUGCACAUAGCUGCCAGAGAAGGUCACGUGGCCGCAACCAAACUGUUGCUGGCCCGCGGUGCUGAGAUCCUUCUGAACAAGAACGAAACAUCUUUCAUGCAUGAGGCCGUGCAGAAUCUGAGGAAAGAUGUGGUCAAUGCAGUGAUCGACAGUAACAGAUGUGCAGAGGCACUGACCAUGUUUAUCCCAGGUGGGACACAACAAUGCCCCGUUCUGGACAUGAUUGAAUACCUCCCUGAGUGCUGUAAGCACCUGCUGGACAGCUGUGUGAAGGAGUCCGACCAUGAUCCCAACAGUCCAGAAUUCCAUAUUAAAUAUGAUUUCAGAUGGCUCCAAGUGCCCAUAGAAGCAAGGGCAGAAGUAUUAAUGCCAUAUAUUGGACCUCUAGCCUCACUUAAUUCAAUGGUCAAACACAAUCGCAUUGAACUCCUUAACCAUCCCGUGUGUAAGAAGUACCUGGCAAUGAAGUGGGUGGCCUACGGGAGCAUUGCCCAUGUCCUCAAUAUGUUCUUCUACCUAUUAGGCCUACUGCCCCUCACCCACCUCAUAGUGUCUUUGAGGCCCACAUAUAACAUCACAGAGACAGGAGAGCGUGUUAUUACAAUGGGGCCUAUUAACUUCUAUGAGCAAAGUGUAUUCCUGUCCAUCUGCAUGGCGAUGGUGGUCGUCAUGAACAUCUACUCCAUCUGUAAAGAGGUUGUGCAGAUCUCUCAGCAGCGCUUGAGCUACUUCAAGGAUACUUCCAAUCAGAUCGACUGGUUUUCUGCUGUGUGUUCUCUGGGGUUUGUGAUCCCCCUGAUGCUAAACGCACAGGGAUCCUUCCACUGGCAGGUCGGGGCAGUAGGUUUACUGAGCUCCUGGGUUGGAUUCCUACUAUAUCUACAGAGGUUCGAAGAUAUUGGUAUUUAUGUGGUAAUGUUUGGAGAGAUCAUGAAGACUCUGGUCCGCAUUGUAAUGGUCUUCUUGUACUUGGUGUUGGCUUAUGGAUUGGCGUUUCAUGCUCUGAUGCUCAACCAGAAAGAAUUUGAUAGUGUCCCACUCGCUAUUGUUCAAACUUUUGUGAUGAUGGUUGGAGAACUGAACUACCAAAACAACUUCUUGGAUUCUUACCUGAAAGAUGAAUUGCCUUUUGGUAUCCUGACAUAUUUCAUUUUCAUCAGCUUUGUUAUGUUAAUGCCAAUUCUGCUAGUCAACCUAAUGAUCGGUCUGGCUGUUGGAGAUAUUGCAGAGGUUCAGAGGAACGCAGCACUCAAAAGAAUAGCUAUGCAGAUUGACUUGCAUACCUCUCUGGAAGAUAAGUUGCCCUAUUGGUUUGUGAAGCGAGUUGACAAACCUUCCACCACUAUUUACCCCAACCGCAAGUGCCCUAAGGCUUUCUGGAAGGCAAUUUUAUGGGGUGAAGAUGAUAAAGUAGUGUGGAGUCGAAUGCAGGUCAAAUCGCAGUCUUGCACACUGAUUGAGAAUGAGCUCAAAAAGCAGAAGUACAGAAUGAAGGAAAUGACUAGCCAUCUUGAGAAGCAGCACAACCUCUUGAAGCUCAUAAUUCAGAAAAUGGAGAUCAGUUCUGAAGCUGAAGAGUACGAUGGCCCCAUGCAUCUCAAAGACAGCAGUCUGUGGCCAGCCCUGAGCCAGUGCAAACCCAAGACCCAGACUGAGUCUCGCUGGGUGUCCCUCCUGAAAGCUAUAGAGGCCAGGAAAAACAACUAA